UUGCAAUGUCGAUAUGACUUGCGAAAAACAAAUACUUAAAUACAUGGUAUUAAUGACAUACAGGUACUGUUUAUGUGAACUGCAUUUACUGCAUACAGGACAAGUCACAGCGUUAAAGAAGGUUGCACAUUAACAGAGUAUACAGUAUAUCAGGUAAAUCAUCAAAUAAAGUUCUGCAUUGAUGUGACACAUAUAUAGUUUAGUGUAAAUGCUCUAAGUUUGUAUGUAUGGAAUUAUCUCUAAAUUUCUUUUUAGUAUGACUGCAUUUGAAUCAUUUCAGUUACAUGCCCCUCUGUGUCACGCUCUACUUGACCUGGAUCUGACAACCCUGAACUCACUUUUCACAUUACUAAGUUAAUGUUCUGCUUGACGCCACACCCUCACUGUGGCAUGUGGAUUUAUGUUUGCAGAUUUCUCUGAUGUGAAACGAGACCAAGGCUGCAAGGCGAAAAGCAUUCCACGUCCUUCCAGACAGUGCAGUUGCUGCAGAGACAAAGCAAAGAGGAAUCAUCAUGGCCACCGACCAUGAGCCCACGUUCACUGUGAAGCUGCUGCAGUUGCUGCUGCUCUCCACUUACUGGGGAAUGCAAAUUUGGGUCACCUUUGUUUCAAGCUUUGUGAUGGACAGCUACCUGAGCAGACACACGUAUGGAUUUAUUCAGAGUCGUCUAGUGCCGUACUACCUCCACCUGGGCUCAGCUUGUGCCUUCUUCAACCUCACCAUCUACGCUGUGUAUCAUCCCAGCGACCUGCUCAAUGAAAGAGAAGCCUUUCAGAUCUUCAUCUUCUUUGUGUCGGUGAUGGUUGCGGCUGUCAACGCACAGUGGUUUGGCCAAAUGACGUCCGACAUCAUGGCAGACAUGCACCUCAUUGAGCAGGCGUGCGGACUGGGCCAGGACAUCGGCCUGUCGUCUAACCGCGAGGCGUACGCCAAGCUGUGCGACACGGACGCCAAAUACAGACACCUCAGCAGUCGCCUGUGGCUGUACCAGCUACUGUGCUCCCUCUGUAACCUCUGCUGCAUCGGCUGCAACUUCUACAGUCUCUGUUACAUGGCUGAGAACCUCAUCACACUGUAACACUGACGCACUGCGGCUGGACUGAAAACUUUGUGGAAAAAAAAAGUCAGUCCCCUCCUUUUUUUUUUUUGUAUACGAACAGUAAGUUAUAUAUUUAAUACACAAUGUCUUUAUUUCAGUAAAAAAAAGUGUAGUGGAAAGUAAUGGCAGGUUAUCGACUCGUGUGUAGAUAUUUUUCACGUCAGUUUAGCUGAAUUUCUCUCAGGAGACAAAAUCAGCCUCAGUUAUUGUCCUUUUUCUUUAAAAAAAACCAAAUCAAAUGCUUUCACAAUCCUUCAUUUUAAACAUUUAAAACAUCAGAGGAACAAUAUUGGCACAAAAUUGGCCCAGAUCACCACACUGUUUCAAACAUUUAAAGCACCAUCUUUAUUCUUAAGGAGGCUGUGCUCAUGCUGCACAGUCCUGCUCUCCCUGUUUGGGUGGAGUGUUAAUACCGUGUUCACAGUGUGGUGUCACUGGUUUAUCAGGAUUACCUCAUGUUACUGUGGGACUGCACUUCUUUGACUGUUGAUGCUAUGAAGGAGGGUUCCAGCAUUUUUAACGUUGUACAGUUAGUGUUGCUUUAUUCCAUCCACACGUACUUGCACCACUUCAUCGGUUUAGAAUGUUCUAAAUGAAUCAGAAAAAGGAGGAAAAAGUUAGUGUUUCCCAAACCUUUGUCCACAAACCAAAGAUAUUCACAAAGAUAAUUCUUUCAUGUCUUUUUUAAUCUUAUUUUCUCAAUAGUGAAGCACGUUUGUGCCUGUGUUUUGAGAAGUGCUAUAAAAUCAAUAUUAUUAUUAUUAUGGUAGAGGAGCUAAGAAACCAGAAAAUAUUUAAGAAGCUGAAAACAGAGAACUUGGAGAUUGUUGGAGAUUCAUUUAGCCGUCAACUACAAAUGUUCAAUUUUUGAUGAAUUGUUCUUUUCUUUUCAGAAUUGUAUUAUUCUUUUGGAAACAGCAAUACUGAGGGCUGGAUAGUUUCACAUGUGUUUGACUCAUUUUUGAUCAGCCGUGAUAGAAAGAAUUGAGUUGUCAGUGAACUGAUAAAUGAGCAGAUAUUAUAGUUGUGUGUUGAUGAAGACACUUUCUGUCCUGCAGGUGGACAUAAACGUGAUGAGGACAGAAGUUCUAAUAAUGAUGGUAAAUGAUGUCUGAAUAUUACAGAGCCACCAGAAAAUCACAGUGGUGUUUUCAUUUCUUUCAUGACCUCACUGUGAGUUUAACAUUAUUCAUAUGAUGCAUUCGUCACCAAAGGCUGAGCUUAGACUGGACUUGGUCACUGCUGUGACCGCAGAUGAAGGUCGGGGCGGGGCUAGGGUUAGGGUUAGAUUAGGGAUUAGGUUAGUCAAACACUCAGUAAGGGCUGUUACAGUUGACAUAAAUCUGAUGGGACAGAUGCAGUAACAUUAAGAACUGCACAGCAAUCAUAAGCUACUGCUUACUGUCCAUGCUUGUCACCAGAAAGGCCUCAAACAUAAUUACAUACAACAAAGUUUGACUAAGUGGCGCACCCUGCUGGCUCAAAGAUUGCAUGCACAUCUACUGUACCUUCCUCCACCCUAACACAUGACUAUGAUUGUUUUGUGAACUUAAAAACCUUGAGUUUUAAGUUCAGUGGGCAGUGUGUUCCGUAUAUUACCUCCCUUUAUGGAAAAGGAUGUCUGGCCAACAGUUGUAUUCCUGUGUGAUACUUUACUUUUUCCUUUAGUAGAAUUCCUUAUAGACUAGAUAAAGUACUGUUUAUCAUCGUUAUUUAUUUAGUUCCGUGACUAUAUUUGGUGCUGUAGCUGAGUUUUAUGUAUGAAUGUAGAUAAAGCAUUUUACAGCAGGGGCCACACAGUGGAUGGCACUGUUGCCUCACAGCAAGAAGGUUGCCGGUUCCCGUCUGGGUCUUUCUGUGUGGAGUUUGCAUGUUUUCCCUGUGUGCGUGGUCCCUGUGGUUUUCUCUGGGUUCUCCAGUUUCCACCCACAUGUCCCAAAAACAUGCAGAGGUUAAUUGGACAAUCUAAAUUGCCCAGUGUGAGACUGAGUGGUUGUUCAUCUAUAAAGUGGAUAAAGUGCUAGUAAUGAAUGAAUGAAUUAUACAUCAUUUGCUACUAUGUAUGAGAGGGAAAUUCAAAACACAGGCAUUUAAACACCUAACAGAAAUCCCACUUUGAUCUUUUAGUGGCUCUGUAUAGAACAGGAUGUGUGAAGACCUGAAUUACAUCUCCACACUCAAUUAGUCUCGGGAUUAUCCAGCCAUCCAGCAGUGAUUUGCUCUUUCAUUAGUUCUCAGGUAUCAGGACACUCCUCCCUUUCUUUCCCCCGUUCUUCUAGUGUUUGUUUGUGUGAAAACAACAACACCACCUGAACUAGGAAUACCCGUGACUGGCAGGAACAAUGCAAUAUUACUUGGUUGCUUUAAAUUCUACAGAUUUUCUAUGAUGUUUCUUGUUAAUAUGCAGUUUCAAUGCAAAUCAUUUGUCAUCAUCACAUCUCUAGAUAUGACACUUUAGCCUAUGUCGCGUUUAUUCACCCUUUGUUUUUAAUUGAUGGUUGAGUUUGGGGUAUAAUUGUUAUAGUCUGAUGAGACAGAUAUAAGCUGUUGAUGGCAGUGACUUUGUUCUGACAUAUACUGUAUGCUCUAUUUUUGCAUUAAAGAAAUAUGUUUGCAUUAAA